AUGGAAGCUGGUGCAGAACUAUAUUCAAUGUACGUUGGAGAGGGGGAAGCAUUGCUCCGCAAUACAUUUCAAAGAGCUCGUCUUGCAGCACCAAGCAUAAUAUUCUUUGACGAGGCUGAUGUUGUUGCUGCAAAAAGAGGUGGGACUUCAAGUAACAGCACUACAGUAGGAGAGAGGCUUCUAUCUACGUUACUGACUGAAAUGGAUGGUUUGGAGCAGUCUAAAGGAAUUCUUGUGUUGGCUGCGACAAAUCGUCCUUCUGCAAUUGAUGCUGCACUCAUGCGCCCUGGACGCUUUGAUUUGGUGCUGUAUGUGCCACCACCUGAUUUAGAGGCUCGAUACGAGAUUCUUUGCGUUCAUACACGUAAAAUGAAAAUAAGUAAUGAUGUUGACCUGAGAAGAAUAGCAGAAGAUUCUGAGCUCUUCACUGGGGCUGAGCUGGAGGGGCUUUGUCGGGAAGCUGGUAUUGUGGCUCUAAGGGAAAACAUAUCUGCCACAGUUGUAGGCGAUCAUCACUUCCAGACAGUAAAGGAGUCAUUAAAACCAGCUUUAACAAGGGCUGAAGUUGAAAGAUAUUCAUCAUUUAUGAAGACCAGGCUAAUGAAAUCCGGAACAAUUGAAUCUUAUCCUAAACACAAUACUGGGUGCAAAAGGAAUUUGUUGGAUUCAAUGGUUCCAGUUAAAGCUUGUGCUCUGAGCUUAGUAUUACUUGCUGCUGCUAAAUAUUUUCUUAUGUUUACCAAGUCAGCUAGACAUGAUGUAUCAGCAACAUGA